AUCGCGCUCGCUCUCUCUCUCCGCCCACCAUGAGGCGCUCUCUCUUACCUUUCCUAUCUCUACACCGGGUUUACUUCCGGUUUAACCCCGGAAGUGUUCCUCCCAGCCUCUUCCUGGCUCCAUCUGACUCUCUUCUUGCCGCAGCCAUGAAACCUAUCCUCUUGCAAGGCCAUGAGAGGUCCAUUACCCAGAUCAAAUACAACAGAGAAGGAGACCUGCUGUUUACAGUCGCUAAAGAUCCGAUUGUUAACGUUUGGUACUCCGUCAACGGUGAGAGACUUGGCACAUACAAUGGACACACUGGCGCUGUCUGGUGCGUGGAUGCCGACUGGGACACGAGGCACGUAUUGACCGGCUCUGCGGACAACAGCUGUCGGCUAUGGGACUGCGAGACAGGGAAGCAACUCGCUCUGAUGAAGACCAGCUCUGCUGUGCGAACGUGUGGCUUUGACUUUGGAGGGAACAUCAUCAUGUUUUCCACUGAUAAGCAGAUGGGUUACCAGUGUUCUGUGAGCUUCUAUGACCUCCGUGACUCCAGCCAAAUUGAGGACAACGAGCCGUAUAAGAAGAUCCCCUGCAACGAUUCCAAAAUCACCAGUGCUGUGUGGGGGCCUCUUGGGGAAUUCAUUAUUGCAGGACAUGAGAAUGGGGAGCUGAACCAGUUCAGUGCAAAGUCAGGGGAAGUCCUCGUGAACAUGAAGGAGCACACCAAGCAAAUCAAUGACAUCCAGACUUCCCGUGACAUGACCAUGUUUAUCACAGCUUCUAAGGACAAUACUGCCAAGCUGUUUGAUUCCACAAACCUCGACCACCUGAAGACAUUCCGGACAGAGCGGCCAGUGAACUCGGCAGCUCUCUCCCCCAUCUUUGAUCACGUGGUGUUGGGUGGUGGACAGGAAGCCAUGGAUGUGACAACCACUUCCACCAGGAUCGGCAAAUUUGAGGCCAGGUUCUUCCAUUUGGGUGUUGAGGAAGAAUUUGGAAGAGUCAAGGGACACUUCGGACCUAUUAACAGCGUCGCUUUCCACCCAGAUGGAAAGAGCUAUAGCAGUGGUGGCGAAGACGGCUAUGUCCGUAUUCAUUAUUUUGACCCCCAGUACUUCGAAUUUGAGUUUGAAGCAUGAACCAACUCCUCCUUUCGCUUUUCUACUGUUGCCUUUUGGAUCUUGGCAGUCCUAGCAGGACUUGAGCUCCUGACUGUUCCCUGGGUGAGGCUUAAUGGAGAGAGACAGAGGGGCACACUGGGCUUGCCCUUUUGGUCUGGGACAGCAUUGAGACACCCGUCUUCUAAACAACACUCAGGAACAGCAGUUUCCUGCUUGGUUUGGCAUAUUUAUAAAAGUUAACAUAGAAGGAAAUAAUAAAUUCUCACCCCUG